ACCACGUCCAUCAUGGCCGACGUACGACUGCUUCUUAAAGAGACAACAGCAGCAAGAAACCAAAAGGCCACUGCUGAGAGUAAUGGCAAGAAACGCAAAGCGUCUGCAGGGCUGGACAGUCCUGGUGGCAAGAAGCCCAGACCUGCAUCACCUAAACCUCAACCUCAAGCACUCGAUCUGGAACAGGAGCCGUCCGAGCCCCCAAACAGGCACACGGCUGCAGACAGCACGGAAAAAGAAAUCCAAGUGGACAGCGAGGAGCAUGCUGCCGAAUUAGCUGCUUUGGACCGCGAGCUCGCCUUGAUGGAAGCAGAAACUAUCAAUCAAGCCACAGCCACCAUCUCAGCUCCACCUAUGACGGCGGAUGAAAUCGCCAAAACGGAGCAAAGUGCGCAACGUGCAUCGCGAGAUGCUGAACUGGAGGCCGAGCGCGAAGAUGCUGCGAAAGCGCUCGAGGAAGAAUUCGAGGCCAUGGACGGACUCGAAGAGCGAGCGAAGAGACUGCGCGCUCGACGAGAAGCGUUGCGCCAUGCAGAUUCCACAACGUCUCUGCGACAGGCAGAUACGUCUCAAAGCAUCCCUGCACGACGGCCGCCUGGUCAAGCAAUAGACUCAUCUACGUCCUCGCUGCCCCGUGCUGCAGACGACGUGAAUAGGCAGGAAGGGAGGGAUGACGAGGACGAUGAGGACGGUGAUGAGGACGACGACGAUGACCUAGGAUGGAAUUUUGGGCGGCAUUCUCGGUAGGUCGAACUAUAUGCAAAUUACGAGUGAAGCUGUGGUUGUAGUGUCCGAACACGACUGUGCAAGCCAGCAGACGUCACGUCGUCGGCACCAGCCCGCGACGAUGUAUGAGUAUGUAGCGAUGGACCAAGACCUUUGUGCUUGUAAUAGCGUCACGGGUCGCUGUCGGGGACACACGUGAGCCGUCUU